AUGCCCGGCGCAACCACCACCGUUGUCUAUCCCAAGGGAUGUAGCUUCAACAUGGACUACUACCUCUCCACCCACAUGCCCCUCGUGGCAGAUACCUGGGGCUCCUACGGCCUCAAGUCCUGGAAAGUCAUCAAGAUGGGCGAGGACUCUCCUUACUCCGUCCAGGCGACGCUGGAGUGGGGCUCCAUGGAAGACUUCCAGAAGGCGGCUUCCAGCGAGACGGCGGCGAAGGUUAUGGGUGAUGUGCCGAACUUCACGGACGGCAGCCCGACGCUGAUGAGCGGGGAUGUUGUUGGGACGAGCUAG